AUGGUCGUCACGGCGACCACCGCAGAGAUGCCAAAGAAGCGGCAGGCCUCCCGGGACCGCUCGUUCGUUGACGAGAUGAGGACCGUUGCUAUGAGGCUGCACACCAAGGAUCAGGCGAAGGAAGGCAAGAAGGAGUCUAAAUCGCCGCCCGUAGCUAAGUGGGAACCGUCCAUCGAGGGCUACCUCCGUUUUCUAGUCGACAGCAAGAUCGUUUAUGAUACCCUCGAAACGAUCAUCCAGAAGGCCGCCUAUCCCUUGUAUGCUGAGUUCAGGAGUACUGGCUUGGAAAGGUCUGAAAAAUUAGCUAAAGAUCUAAAAUGGUUCAAGGACCAAGGGCAUACCAUUCCCGAGCCUUCUUCUCCUGGUGUUUCUUAUUCCCAGUAUCUCGAGGAGCUAUCUCAAAAGGAUCCUCAAGCUUUCAUCUGCCACUUUUACAAUAUAUACUUUGCUCAUAGUGCUGGUGGGCGAAUGAUUGGCAAAAAGGUACUUAAUUUUUCUCUAAAUGUCAUUUUCCAGAUUGUGACCUCCUGAAAAAUUGCAUCUCUU